AUGGACAGUGGUUGUACAAACACCACCAUUUGUAAUGGUGGGCUCAUGCAUGGACUCUGUCAUGCUGAGAAGGAACUUGAUAUGCACACUAACGUGGGCAGCAGAGUUCUCAACAAAGAAGGUUUUCUAGGAAGAUUUCCGCCUCCAGUUUAUCACAAUGAAGAUGGAAUUGCCAAUGUUCUUGCUAUGCGCGAGAUGAUUGCUGUGGGAUACCGCAUUACUAUGGAUACUGAUGCUGACAAUGCCUUUAUUAAUGGAUAUGCUGGACUUGAGAUGACCUCCAAGAUGGCAACUGUGCAAAAGAAAAAGGAAGGAUUCACUCCAAGACAAGUCAAGGCUGCGAUGGAAGCGAGAAGUGCAAUGCACAUACUCAAUGCUCCAAGCACCAAAAGUCUGAAGUAUGCGAUCCGAUCUGGUCUCAUCAAGAACUGUCCUAUCACCGAAGAAGCGAUCAAUCAUGCCGAAGCAAUCUUUGGACCUGACGCCUCUACAUUGAAAGGCAAGUCAACAAGACCAACUCCAACGAAGACGUAA